GUGUCACCAUUUCCACUUCUUAUCAUCUCCACAUUCCAUGGAUAGAGAGACCCAUUUCCAAAUCCAAAUCCAAAUCAAAAUCCAAAGCCUCUGCAUGAGGUAGAAGAAGAAUCUCCCAGCUUCACUCUCCAUCAAUGGCGGCCUGCACUUCCACUUCUCCUUCUUCCCUAAUGCUCACUUACGCUUCUUCUUCUGUUUACCCCCAAGAUCUCGCUUCCUCCAUCGUCUCUUUCAAUGGGAAAUCCCGAUUUUCCACCAUCAAAUCCUUCUCCUCCUGCCAUUUCUUAUGCAGGCCAAGGAGAUCGGCCGAUUGGAUUUGUCUUAAUUUCCAGAGAAGAGCGAGGCACCAUGUGAUCGUCGCUGCUCUCGCCGCCGAAGCGAAUGUCGCGGAAGCGGAGGCGGAGGCGGAGGAGGGUGUCGCCGUGGGGGGAACGGAUACCGUUGCUGCGCCUAAACCCAAGAAGGGGAAAGCCGCGUUGCCUCUUAAAAGAGAUAGGAGGAGAUCCAAGAGAUUCUUGGAGAUUCAAAAACUAAGGGAAAACAAAAAAGAGUAUGAGAUCAAGACAGCAAUAUCUCUUCUCAAGGAAAUGGCUAGCACAAAAUUUGUAGAAACAGCAGAAGCCCAUUUCCGGCUCAACAUUGAUCCCAAAUACAAUGAUCAACAGCUAAGAGCAACCGUAAAUCUGCCUAAAGGAACAGGGCAAACUGUAAGAGUAGCUGUUCUUACUCAAGGUGAGAAAUUCGAUGAAGCGAAAAAUGCUGGUGCAGAUUUGGUUGGUGGGGAGGACUUAAUAGAACAGAUUAAAGGAGGAUUUAUGGAUUUUGACAAACUGAUUGCUUCCCCAGACAUGAUGCCUAAGGUUGCUAGCCUUGGGAAGCUCCUAGGACCACGAGGGCUCAUGCCGAAUCCAAAAGCCGGUACCGUAGCAACCAAUCUGCCUCAGGCAAUAGCAGAAUUCAAGCAGGGGAAAGUUGAAUACAGAGCAGAUAAAACUGGGAUCGUUCACUUACCAUUUGGGAAAGCCGACUUCAGUGAAGAAGACCUUCUUGUAAACUUGCUCGCAGCCAUAAAAUCAGUAGAAACCAAUAAACCGACAGGUGCCAAAGGUGUAUACUGGAAAAGCGCACACAUAUGCUCGUCGAUGGGACCUUCAAUUCGAUUAAAUAUAAGGGAGAUGCUCGACUUCAAGCUUUCCUCGACAGCUUGACAAAUAACAAGCCUGUAAAUUUCUUCUGUUUGUUGAAUCAGCCUAUGGGGGAUCCACUACAAUAUAAUGAUGUCCAAAUGUGAGCUGCACUGGAAUGAAGAUGAUUGAAAAACUGGGAUGAAUAAUGAGAAGAUAUCAGAAAAUUAUGAUCACAGAAACAAGCAUACUGCAUAGUCUUCUAUACUGACUGAAUCUCUCUGUAUUAAUGGUGUUAAGUUCUUAAUGAUCUUUGAUUAACGUCUUGGGUUUUAGGGAAAAAAAUGAUGAAUGUACUGAAAUGUAAUGACUAGUUGAUGCUCUUUUAUUCUGUUCCUGUUUAGGUAUUUUCGUCCUUAUGAAAACGUGGAAUCAUUGCUCCUUCUGAGCAAUCGUAUUCUCAAACUUCUCAUUGUAUUA